AUGAGCAGCCCAGCCAAACUAUGGCCCGCCGCUCCAGCACCACCACCACCAGCGCCACUUCCCCUUUAUCCAGCUCCUGCUCCCCUGCUGCCAGCUCCUGCGCCCUUGCUGCCCGCUCCUGCUCCUCUGCUGCCAGCUCCAUUGCUGCCAUCACCCCUGCUGCCUACUGCGGUGCACACGCAACUGUUACCCGCACCACCCGUGGUGACGCAUGUGGUGCCACCCGUUUUCCCAGCUGUGUCUUUCGCAUCCAGCUAUCGCGCCAUACCUGGUCCUAAGACCACAACACACAAAGUGUCCAUUGGAUACGCGUUCCCCAAGCUGAUUGCGCCACACGCUCACCUGCGCGCCUUGCCUUUGAAGUUGGCGCACCACCAUCGUCACCACUCACUGUGGUGA